AUGCGACGUGAACAAGCAAAAAAUAAUCAACAAGAUGGUGAACCAGCGGAAAAAUUUUCCAUUCCUGAAGACUAUGGAGAUGGUAGUAUUAUCAACUUCAUUUGGACUACUACAAAUAAGCGGCUGCUAGAGCUAAUUAUUGCACAAACGGAGGUUGAUUGCUGGGCUUGGGCUUUAGUUAGAAUUUUGCAGUUCUUCCACAACAAAGAUAUAAGUGUAGUUGCUCAGCAAACAUCUUUGUCAAUCAAAUCUCUUGUCAAAUAUGUGAUAUUGGGGAUGAAUGAAGCAAAGGAACCAGGGGCCCAAAAGAAACUAAAGAAGAAAAGUUUGGCUGUUUCUUCUUUAAAAAGGGCCAUUGAUUACAUUCUCAAUGUGGGAAUCGAAAGAGACUAUGGAACACAGGUAUAUAAACUAAAGUAAAUUAAAUUCUUAUGUAAAUCCACUAUACAGAUAUGUUUGUCUAAUAAAAUAUGUGUCUCCUAAGUAAGUCGCUUAGUAAGUAUAAGUUUUGACUUACUAUUGUGACAUUAUAUUGACUAGAACAUUUCCCGGGCUACGCCCGGGUUUUUUGCAUAAAAUUUAACUACAAUAUAAAUUUAAAUGUUAUUUUUUGAGUAUAUAUACAUGUAUAUUUUUACAGCACUAAAAGAAAAAUAAUUUAUGAAUCUGAAACUAUUUAAAAUUAAAAUUUAUUGUUUUUUUUUUGCAAUGUGCAUAUUUGGUUAACUAUGAAAAAAAACCAUUUGGAUACCCAGAGUAUUGUACCUAAAAAUUGUUCUGUUCCAAAAUGCUUCGGUUCUUCAGACCAAACUAAUCUUUGAAAUUUCAGAUUUCUUGCUACUCAAGCUACUAUUUGGGGUUGAAGGGUCGUUGAAGAUGUUAAUGAAAACAAACCAUGUAUGAUGCAUGUAUCAUAUGACAGAUUUGAACCGUUUGUAAACACAAUAAACAAAAACCACAAAACAAUGAGAAGACUAAUAUGACUCACUUCGCUUUCGGUCUUGAAGAAACUUUCAAACAAUGAAUAAAACUAACGAAUAAUCUCAUUUGGAAUCUGUCAUUUUCGGGGUUUGACGAUCAUGUGAAAUACAAUUUAUGAGGUAAUGUUGCAAGUUUUGAUCCCUUCAGCAAAGAUAUUGACUCUUUAGAGCAUCGGGCAAGUUUGUAAGU